AUGGAAAUCGAUAAAACAACACAUUAUUCAGUGUUGGGAUUAACCCCUACAGCUUCAUUGAAUGAUAUUAAGAAAUCUUAUAAGAAACUAGCAAGAGAAUUGCAUCCUGAUAAAUCCAAAUCCAAUGAGUCAAGUGAACUGUUUAAAAUUGUAGUAGAUGCGUAUUCUAUUUUAUCAGAUGUUAAGGAAAGAGAAGAAUAUAAUAUUACCUUACACCGUAAAGGUUUAUAUACUAAUUACAAACAAUCAAAUAACGAUAAGAAAACCAGUAAUACAGUAAACAAAUCUAAAGAAUCAAAUACACAACACACAGAAGAUAAAAGAGGAGGCGAUAAAAACUCGAAUAAGAAUACUGUCAGGAAAAGUAAACCUUAUGAACAACAGCCUUAUGGGUUUGGACCAUAUGUUGAUAAUUUAGUGAAUGAAAAAGAUAAACCUGAAACGACUCAGGACUUGAAAGAAGAUCUCAAGAGAAACACAACAAAAAAUGAAACUGAGAGUAAACAUGAACAUGCUGAUAAAAUAGCGAAACAGGAGAGUACAGCUACUAAAAAUACAAAAUCAGAUAGUAAAAUCGAUGAGCCUUUCAAUAAUAUAAAAGAAAAUCCAAAGCUACGUAAACUAAGUGAUCUAGAUAAUACAGCAGACGAAAGGAGCCCAAAACCUAAAAAGAAGACCCGUUCAGGGGCAGAAAAAGCAACUCAAAAGGCAUCAAAAGUUAAGCCAACAGGUCAAUGUAAUAUAAGAAGACCACAAAUAUACCCUUAUAGUGACAAAUCAUCUUCAUUUGAUAGCCUAGACGAUUUAGGGAUUAAACAGAUUAGACAAGAGUUACACAAGAUCAAUUUACAAGAUCAAAAUGGUAACAAUCUGCAUCCUAAGAUGGAUAACAUGAAUUCUAAUAAUUUUAAAUUAAACAGUGACGACGCACAUAAACAUGAAUUCCAGGAGGUUAGAACAAAAAGGAAGAAAUCCAACAGUAUCAAGUUAACUGAACUUGAAUCUGUUCUGCCAAAAAUUGGUGAUGUAACGUUUGAUAUGAAUGAUAUUAGACGUAGUUUAAUGGAAAGCCCAGUAUCAAAGAAAUUAAAAAUUGAAAAGCAUAAUUUCGAUUCUAUACUUUCUGAAUUGAACACAAGCUUAAAUAGCAAUGAAGAAUUUAAACAUCUUUCAAAUUUAACCGUUCCUACAUUUGAAUUAUCACUUAAUGACAACAGUAUUAUCAACAAAGAGUACGAAGUCAAUAAAUUCAAGAAUUACAUUCAUAAUUCAAACAGACUGAAAUCUAACAUAAUCUCAAAAAUGAAUAGCAGAUUAUUGAAUGAUUUGAAUUCCAAUAUAAAUAAUAUCUUUGAACAGGAUAUGAACUUUAGAGAAGCUUUUCAGGAUAAAUACUCUGAUGUUGAGUUAUCGAAUAUUUUGCAUGAUAUAAAUAAAAAACAGCAUGAUGCAUUUGUAAAGAUUUAUCAAAUAAUUUAA